UGGUGCAUAUUAUCAGUGUUGCUUCGGCUGGGAUCGGGCGGGUCGACGGCGGCGACUGAAGGGAGCUGAGGUGUGGAGCGCAACACAGUGAUUCUUUACCUCGCUGACAAAGGACUGUGCUUUUUUUUUUCUUUCUUUUUUUGUCACCCAAAACUUUUUCGUGCGUGAAGAAAGUGGGUUGUUGCCGGUUAGUCGUGCAGUUACGGAAGGCAGAGCAGUAAAAGUUGCGGAGCUCAUUCUGGUCUGAGCAGCGGCAGCAUCGACAGUGAGAGGGAUAGCAGUGCCUGGACGCCCCGCCAGUUCUUUCUCUACUGCCGGGCCUCGGAUCAUGUGCGGGCUGGUGGCGAGGUCUGAGAAAGGGAACAACCAAGCCAUGAUCCAAAAGUGAUAGUCCGCGCCGCGCGUCCUGUAAUCAGUUGUGCCCAAAGCCUUGGGUAUCACGUGGGUCCCCAGUCCAGCCACAUCCCAGCCACAGUGAGUGUGUCGCACCACGGUCAGCGUGCAGUCCCUUUCCUAAGGGUCAUCUUGAGGAACAAACAACCACAGUACAACAACUGCGUCUUCCCACCUAACUCCAGAUGGCCCCGUCUUACAGCAGCGCCCUCCAGCCCCCAACCCCAGCCCCCAAAGUAAAGGAGAAAGAUGACCUCCCUGAGCUACGCAGUAAUGGUUUUUGGGCAGCAGUGAUCACCAUUGGCAGCUAUGCAUAUGGUGAAUAUUUCAUUGCAAGCCAAAUGCAACCUGACGUUCGCCAGGAGUCAUGGAUAAUGAUGCGCUCUGCAAUUCCCCAUCUCAUCUUCUCUCUGCUCUAUGUGGCUGGUGUCACCUGGUGGGGGCCACAGUACAUGAGUACCAGGAAGCCUGUCUCUGGGCUUAGGCCCUACAUGAUGGCCUACAAUGCCUUCCAGGUCGUCUUCUCAGCCUAUAUGUUCAUAGAGGGUGGACUCUCAGGCUGGUUCAACACCUACUCUUGGUUAUGCCAGCCUUGUGACUACUCCAAUGACCCACAAGCCAUCAGGAUGAUGCACAUUGGCUUCUGGUAUCAUUUUUCAAAGUACAUUGACUUUAUGGACACGGUAUUCUUUGUUAUGAAUAAAAAGAAUCAGCACAUCUCACUGCUGCACAUGGCCCAUCAUGGCCUCAUGCCCAUCAGCACUUGGUACGGCAUCCGCUACCACCCAGGUGGCCAUAACACAUUCUUUGGGUUCCUGAAUGCCUUUGUGCACACUGUAAUGUACCUGUACUACCUGCUGGCGGCCAUGGGACCCCACAUGCGUCCCUUCUUGUGGUGGAAGAAGUACCUCACCACCCUCCAGAUGACGCAAUUCACAGCCGUUUUCAUACAUGCAAUGAUACCCACCAUGAAGGAGUGUGAUGUGCCACCUGCACUGAUUGGCUGGGUUGGCAGUAUUGCAGUCUUGUUCACAGUUCUUUUUGCUGACUUUUAUAUCAAGGAGUACAAGAAGAAAAACAUCAACCAAGUGAAGAUAAAGACAGAUAAAGAUGCUGGUUAUUCAUCUCCCAACCAUUGCGCCGUAGACCAAAAAAGCAUGACCACCACCACCACCACCACCUCUCAUGACUCUCACUUCACCAAUGGCAUCACACGGAGAGUCACAUGUGCCACUGUUUCCAAUGGUAUGAUGGCACAUUAGACUGAGCUGAUCAGCUGCUCUACUAAGCCUCUCCAUAAGGACAAGAAUUUUGUGCUCUUCAUUUAAUUCUCCUCUACUAUGAUUUCAGGUUGUGUCAUAUUCUUUCAUCUAUACUGAAUCAUAUUAAUACUCAUGGUUUUCCUCAACUCCUUUGCCUCUCCCCAUCCCCUUAUCUCUCUCUCUCUCUCUCUCUCUCUCUCUCUCUCUCUCUCUCUCUCUCUCUCUCUCUCUCUCUCUCUCUCUCUCUCUCUCUCUCUCUCUCUCUCUCUCUCUCUCUCUCUCUCCCUCUCUCUCUCUCUCUCUCUUCUCUCUCUCUCUCCUAUUAUCAACUCUACAAAGUUACAAAGUCAGUUUAACUUGUCUGGUGUACAGGUAGUGACCAGUCUCAAGUCUAAGCAAGCUCCUUCAGCUCAUUAUUGGGCUCUUAUUCUCUAGAUAUUGUUAUGUAUGUAGUAUACAUCCCAAUUUCAUCCGUAUACCUGCUCCCACUUGCAAUGGGGUGCAACAUGGAUUAGCUUAUUCAGUCAAAAUGUAAAUAUAGUACGUACACAGCUGUGUAAGCAUCUGGGUUAUAGAGAAGUUUCUGUUUAUAUCUAGAUUUCACAAAAAGAACUAUUGUAAUAAAAUCUACCAAUAAAU